UGAACUGAACUUUGCAGCUGCAUUUUCAAAUGGACCAUGGGAUGCAUCAAAUCCAAGGAUGCCUUUCCGGGUUCAAACACCAUCCUGGUUGAAGGGAGCAGAGAAGGUAACGAAGGAUGCACUGGGGAGAAAUCCUCACUGAUAGCAGUGAUGGUGGACGAGAAAGGUCCCUCGAGCACCAUCGUGCUGGACUACGCACACCGUCUCUCCCAUGAGAUUCUUGAUCAGGCGGUGAAACAGUGGGCAGUGACGGAAAGCAAAUACAGCGACAUUCCCUUUAUCGAGAGCGAUGUGCCCUGAGCCUUCAUUCACAGCGCGUGUCCCGUCUGCCGAGCAGCUUUAUUCGGUACCAGUGCAAAUAAAGUAAAAGCAGCCGUGACGUGAGCAUAGUGCCACUAGCUGAAUGCGUCUGCAAGGAGAGGCUGGAAAAAAAAAUGCCUUUUAAUCUAUAUUGCUAAGAAACUACUUGGAUUACACUAAAAUCUGUUAAUGAAGUGUUAUUUGUUAUCAGCCGUGAGUUGAGUGUAGUCUGUCUUCAUGUUGAGUGUGAUCUGAAAUAAGUCUUAAAAAAAGAGGAGGAAAAUAAUGCAGCUGCCUUGCAACUGAACAAGCACUGCCACCGAGGCCCCAAAGAUGCUUAAGAACAAAGGCAGAUUAUUUUUAUGUACUGCAUAAAAAAAACGUAAGGCCUGUUUGUAGGUGACAGUAAGGACUGCAUGCUUGGCUAAUUUGUUUGUGUUCUGCUAAAGUGAAACCAGGCUCUUCUGUGCAGCACAGAUAACUGCUGUAGUAAAUUUUACUUUUGAUUCUUUGAGCAGACUAAGCCUGUAAACCACAAAAUAACGAAGGUGGUAAGAAGCAUUUUAUGAAACCAAAUAGUAUUCAGGGAACCAUAUGGAUUACGAUACUUCUCAACUUCCAUUCUGAAUAGACCCAGUGAGAAACAUUACAAUAUUGAUAAACAGUGCAUUAUAAUUAAGUUAACAGAUGCUCUGGCUUCUGUAUGCAUGAAGUCUCUUCUCCAGAAUCCCGCAGCAAGACAGUUUAACAUCUGAUCACUGUGUUCAAACCAAAGCUGUUUACUUUUUUGCCACAAUGCUGGGGUUUUGUUUUGCUGUGUUUGUUUGUAUCGUUUGUUGUGUUGUGUUUUGUUUUGUUGUGGGUUUUUGGUGUAGCAAUGUUUUAGGAGCGUUUAUUUCAUGGGACUCUGGUGGUAUUACGCUGAAACUUCACUCUCAUGCAACGCCCCGGGGACGGUAUGCAUUCCUUCAGCUCCUGCAGACUCAUCACGUACCCACUGCUAAAACCAUUCGAUGAUGCAAAUACAAACUACAGGAACCUCAAGCCUGAGCAGAGCACUGAGAUAGUGAAUAAGCCUUAGGCCCAGUGCUAAAGGGCUACUACAUUCCGUAGCGAUGUGAUGGAGCUCGAGCCCUCACGCUGCACCCUGCUUCUCCAGGACUUGAAGCCUGACCUACUGCACUCAUAACUGGGAUUUGAUGUACUGGAGAGGAGGUAAAUUAGGCAUUUAAACCUCCAGGGUUGCUGACACUUUUUACAAAGCACAUGCCUUGUAAGAAGCUUGCUUUUUUUUUA